UCUCUUCGGCAAGCGGCCCCGUUCAGCACAGAGCCCGAGGCGAUAGCGGAGCGCGAGCGGUGCCACUACGGGCGCAUCCCGCGCGCCGCCGCCGUGGCCGGCACCGCACACAGGAAGGUGCGCGUCUACUCGGACGGCAUCUACGACAUGUUCCACCAGGGACACGCCCGCCAGCUGCAGCAGGCUAAGACAGUGUUCCCGAACGUUUACCUCAUCGUCGGCGUUUGCAGCGAUCAACUCACACACAGCCGCAAAGGGCGCACAGUGAUGACGGAGGACGAACGAUAUGAGGCAGUCAGACAUUGCAGAUACGUCGAUGAGGUGGUGAUGGACGCGCCGUGGGAGUACGACGAGGAGUUCCUGGAGAAGCACAAGAUCGACUUCGUGGCGCACGACGACAUCCCCUACACGACGGAGGACUGCGAGGACACGUACGCGCUCAUCAAGGCCAAGGAUAUGUUCGUCGCCACACAGAGGACAGAAGGCGUGUCAACGUCAGACAUUGUGGCGCGAAUAGUACGCGACUACGACAUCUACGUGCGACGAAACCUCGCGCGAGGAUACUCCGCCAAGGAGCUGAACGUGUCCUUCCUUAACGAGAAGAAGUUCCGCCUACAGAACAAGAUGGACGAGCUCAAAGAUAAAGGCAAAAAGGUAAUGACGAAUAUAGGUGAGAAACGAGUUGAUAUACUAACAAAAUGGGAGGAGAAGUCUCGGGAGUUGAUCGACGCGUUCCUGCUGCUGUUCGGGCCGGACGGGCGCCUGUCCAACAUCUGGAACGAGUCCAAGGGCCGCAUCAUGCUCGCGCUCAGCCAGCCGCCCUCGCCGCGGGGCUCGCCGCCGCCCAGCGAGAACGGAGACUCACAUUCACCUGUCUACAGCAGGAGUUCAGCAUCACCGCCCCCGCCAAAGUCGCGCCGCUACGAAACGUUAUACGAGCCUCAAGCAGGUAACUGGAUGCAUCGAGCUCUGACCAAACUGGCUCGGAAGCGGCCGCACAGCGACAGCUGACGGACGACGGCUCGGACGACAGCGACGAGGAGUACCAGGACACGAGCCCCUACCUCUAGGCACCACCCGCGGACGUAUACUUCGUAUUCGUAUACAUGUACGUCCAGCAACUCGAAGGAAAUACGGCGCUGCCGGCGCCCAAGGGCCUCUCGACGUCCUCAAGAGAUAAAUUAUAGUAUGAAUUACGUCGUUUAAAUUUUGUAUGCGCGUUGAGUACAAGUGAGCGAAUGUAUUUAAUAUAAUGUGAUUCAUCAUAUGAAAUCCUAAUCCUAUAGUUAUUUAUUUGUCUUAUUAAGUAAAUUUAGUUUCUUCUCGCCCCAAUAUGAUUGCAGCAUGGCAAGUUGUUAGCACGUAUACAUAAUUACCAUCGUGUAAGAUAACGAUGCAAAAUAUAGAGUUGAGAUAUUAAUUUUAUUUAUAAAUAUUAUUAGGUGACACUUUUUGACAGUCGAUUAAAAAGGUGCUUAUUAAUGUUUA